AUGGCUCAGCGAAACGAGAUGAUGACAGAUGCUGAUUUAAUAAAUGCAAUUCAGGCGCUUGAAGAAAAAGAACCGAACGAUGAAAUGAAAGAAUUAUUAAAAAUGAUGAGCGAUAAUCGUAUAAUAAGUUGGGAGGAAGCGGAACAAAUUAUGAGUUGUAGUAAUUAUAAUGGCCCAAUUAAAUCCUCAUUACCUCAACAAACCAGACCAACGGAGCCGGAUAAUGACACUGAUGUGGACUGGUCAAUACAACAGUUACAAAUGGAUGACCCUAAAUUGAAACAAGUUAAUUUAAACAACAUGAAACGUACACCCAUUCCACAAGUGAAACGACUUUUAUUAGCGAUAAAAAAUAAUACACAUCUGGAAAAAAUUGCACUCGCUAACAUGGGUUUGUAUGAUAAUGAUUGUGAGGCAG